AUGGUUCAAUCUGCUCCGUUCGGAACCUGGAAAUCGCCUAUAACCUCAAAAAUUAUCGCUGCGGGCAGUACAGAUUUCAAGGAAGUCCAUACGAACGCGUCUCGGCCAAACCCCACUUCUGACACCGAACAAGAUGAAGCAGAAAUUUUCCUGGUGGAAGGACGACCAUCUGAAAAUGGACGGUCUACCAUUCUGAGUGUUAGCAAGAAAGGAGAAGAUGUAGAGAUUCUCCCCAAGGAGUAUACCGCCGCUGGGAAAAUCCACGAGUAUGGUGGUGGUGCGGCUUUCGUCCCACACGGCGGUCGCAACAUCAUCUUCAACGAUCCGAAGACCAACUUGGUGUAUAAUCUUGAUGUUUCAAGUAAGAGUGUGACGGAGGUCGUCACGGCGGAUCCGAGUGGCAAGGUGUUGAAGUAUGCGGAUUUUCAUGCUGAGGUGGGGACGGGCACGCUCGCGGUUCGCGAGACGCAUUUUGAGGAUGGGACGGAGGUUAGGAAUGAGAUUGUGGUGAUUGAGACUAGCUCGGGGGGUGCGAGCAAGUCUACGGUUGUGGUGACGGGAGCGGAUUUCUAUUCGCAUCCCAGGUUUAGUCCGGAUGGGAAGCGCGUGUGUUGGAUGCAGUGGAAUCAUCCUGAUAUGCCGUGGACGGGGUCGGAACUUUAUGUUGCGGACUGGAAUGAUGGGAACUUGUUGCAAGGGAAGUAUGUCGCUGGCAAGACGAGGGAACAGGCUAUUUGCCAGCCUAGAUGGGCGUGGGAUGGGAGUCUGUGGUUUGUUAAUGAUCCGAAGGGGAUUUGGAAUUUGUAUAAAUGGGAUCCUACCACGGAUGGGGUGGAGGAGGUUGUUUUGGAGGGGUAUCAGGAUGUGGAGGUUGGGUUUAGGGAACUUAAGUUGGGGAAUACUACUUAUAUUCAGUUGACUCACACCAAAUGGGUCAUUGCGUAUUGCAGGAAGGCUGUCAAUGGUCUUAUUGUCUACGAUACAGUUACUAAGGAUGUAACUGAGCUACAUACCGAGCUGGUUUACGUUGAAUUUCAUGGACUUGCGAGAGUCUCAGACGCGGAGUUUACAGUCAUUGGAUCUACUGCUAAGACACCACCAGCACUUUACCUCAUUGACAUCACCAAGCCAAUUGAAAAGCAACUGCUAAAGAGCUCGGCCAGUAUCCCAUUGCCUCUCGAUAUCUUCUCCCCUGCAAGAUCUAUAUCUUUCCCCAAAACACAUGGCAACGCAGGAACAGCGUACGCCAUAUUUGCACCACCUGCAAACCCAGACUUCCGAGGUAUCGAAGGAACAAGACCACCCCUCAUAGUCUCCAUCCAUGGUGGUCCAACCUCACACGAAUCACCUGCUCUAGAUCUCCAAGCCCAAUAUUUCACAAGCAGAGGCUACGCCUACGUCCACGUCAACCACACCGGCUCAACAGGCUUCAACCGCGCCUACCGCCAAGAACUCAAUUCCAACUGGGGCGUCAAAGAUGUCGAAGACACACUCUCCUGCAUCGACUACCUCGCCAACGAAGGCCUCAUCGACCGCACCCGCGUCGGCAUCCGCGGCGGCAGCGCAGGCGGGUAUUCUGUUCUCCAAGCUCUAGUGUCUCACCCCAAGGUCUUCGCCGCGGGCUGCAGUCUCUACGGCGUCGGCAACCUGAAGGAUCUCGGUGCUAAAACGCAUAAAUUCGAGAGUCAUUAUCUCUGGGAUCUCAUCUUCCCGCCUGACGCCUCGGACGAAGAUAAAGAGCGGAUCAUGAGGGAGAGGAGUCCCUGUUUUCAUGCGCAGAGGAUUGAGAGUCCGCUUGUGUUGUUGCAGGGCAGGGAGGAUAGGGUUGUGCCGAUGGGACAGGCUGUGGAGAUGGAGAGCGUGAUGAGGGGGUUAGGCAAGGAUGUUAGACUUGUUGUGUUUGAGGGCGAGGGACAUGGGUGGAAGAGGGGUGAGAAUAUUAGGAGGAGUAUUGAGGAGGAGGAGGGGUUGUGGGGGAGGACGCUGGUUGUUGGGUGA